UGGAGCCCAUCAGCGGUUUUCUGUUACAGAAGAACAUACAUGCUGACAUGUAGCCGUUUAUAGGUUAUGUCACCUCACCUGGCCUGUGAUCCCUCCCCACCCGAUGGACCCCCCGCAUUUCUCUCUCUAAUAUUUACGAGUCGUUCAUUGGUGCAUCCCUCUAACGUGUCGCAACUUUUGAUGGAUUACCCUAGAUCUUUCCGGCCUCAGGUGUAGGAAGUGUCGUUACCGUCCUCCGUCACCCCAGUCUCCCGGUGUCUGACAGCAUCACCAGAAACCACAAGGAGUUAGUCAGGUCUGCGUCAUUUACAGGAACGCUUCCGUACUUUGAUCUGGUCUAUCAGCUGAGAGAAUAUAGUACUGGACGGAAGUAAGUUAUUGCAAGACUACUGUACACUAUUUCCUUCCAUUCUUUCGCCAAGAUGCGCGCGUAUACGCACUGCAAGCUACACUCGUUGUUAUUGUCAAGUUUGUUGGCGCUAACCGUCUUAGUGAUCGAGGUAUUGGCGGCUGUGGCCAGCGGUGCGAACGCAGCUACUUGUGGGUCUUGUAGCAUGCCGACGAUGGACAAGGGCUCGGAAGAGAAACUGUUGAUCGAAAUAGCCAAGCAGCAGAUCCUAAGCAAGCUGCACCUGAAAGAGCGGCCGAACAUCACGCAGACGGUGCCACGGGCUGCGCUCCUCACGGCGCUCCGCAAGCUCCACGCGGGAAGAGUCCGACAGGACGGCACUUUCGAACUGGAGAACAAUCUGCAGAGCGCGCGUGCAAAAGAGCAGGGGUACGAAGUCGUGAGUUUCGCUGAUACGGACGACCCAGACUCCAACAGCGCGCACCCCAGCCUGACGUUCCAGUUUGCGCAGGAGCGUGAUAAGAAGGUGCAGGUGCUGCAGGCGACGCUGUGGCUGUACGUGCCCGCGCCCGAGGCAGCCUCCCGGGACUCCCGCGCCGCCGCGCAGAUCUACCUCUCUGGCCCGCGGAGCGACAACCGCACCCUGCUCCUGCAGAAGAGCCUGGAGGUGCAGCGCGGUGGCUGGCACACCUUCCCCCUCACCCAGGCCCUGCAGGCCUUCCUGGACGGCGCGCAGCGGAGGCUGAGGCUGGAGGCUCUCUGCGCCUCGGGGGGGCGGGACCUGUGCGCUCACGACGGGCCACUAGACCCCUCCCACCGGCCCUUCCUGGUGGCGCAGGUGCGCCCCCGGGAGGAGGACGCGUCUGACCGCGCGCGGGGCAAGCGCUCGCUGAGGUGCGGGGAGAACGUCAGCGUCUGCUGCAAGAAGGACUUCUACAUCAAGUUCCGCGACAUCGAGUGGCACGAGUGGAUCAUCGCGCCCGAGGGCUACCACAUGAACUACUGCAUGGGGAAGUGCCCGCCGCACCUGGCCGGCUCCCCCGGGAUCGCCUCCUCCUUCCACGCCACCGUGCUCAGCCAGCUGAAGGCCAACGGCAUCCACACGGUGGUGUCGUCCUGCUGCGCGCCCAUCCAGCGCCGGCCGCUCUCCAUGAUGUACUUUAACACGCAGCACAGCAUCGUGAAGGCCGACGUGCCCGACAUGAUCGUGGAGUCCUGCGGGUGCACGUAGAGCGCAGGUCUGGCUGUAUUCACACAUCAACACCACAGUCGCUAUGCAGACUGCGGCAGAACACAGGAAGUGCCAUUGAAUAAAUAGAAUUUUAUAAUGGGAUAUAUUAUAUAUACAUUAUAUUUAAAGAGUGGGAUAUAUUGACAUAUAUAUUUUCUAGGAUAAUUAUACUGGAGGAAGGUUCUCCUCCAAGUUUACAGAUGAUGGCAAUCUUAGUUUAGCGGGAAUACCAGGAACUAUUAACCUGUACCCUGAUUUAUCUACUAAAGUAAUGCCAAUACGGCUGUGGAUUAAUCCAAGCUGAUGAGCUCAUGAAAAAACCCAUUGGCAGUUGGCAUCUUCACAGUUUGUGAUUGGCUAUAGGAGGUGGAAUAUGUAUUUUCUUAUGAUGGUUGCCAGUAGUGACUUUGUGUUUAAUGUGUGAAUAUAGCCACGUGAAUGACAGCAAAACCCCAGUGCUUCAUUUACCCACACUAUCACUGCUGUCCACAGCCCCAGUGCUUCAUCUACCCACACUAUCACUGCUGUCCACAACCCCAGUGCUUCAUCUACCCACACUAUCACUGCUGUCCACAACCCCAGUGCUUCAUCUACCCACACUAUCACUGCUGUCCACAACCCCAGUGCUUCAUCUACCCACACUAUCACUGCUGUCCACAACCCCAGUGCUUCAUCUACCCACACUAUCACUGCUGUCCACAACCCCAGUGCUUCAUCUACCCACACUAUCACUGCUGUCCACAACCCCAGUGCUUCAUCUACCCACACUAUCACUGCUGUCCACAACCCCAGUGCUUCAUCUACCCACACUAUCACUGCUGUCCACAACCCCAGUGCUUCAUCUACCCACACUAUCACUGCUGUCCACAACCCCAGUGCUUCAUUUACCCACACUAUCACUGCUGUCCACAACCCCAGUGCUUCAUCUACCCACACUAUCACUGCUGUCCACAACCCCAGUGCUUCAUCUACCCACACUAUCACUGCUGUCCACAACCCCAGUGCUUCAUCUACCCACACUAUCACUGCUGUCCACAACCCCAGUGCUUCAUCUACCCACACUAUCACUGCUGUCCACAACCCCAGUGCUUCAUCUACCCACACUAUCACUGCUGUCCACAACCCCAGUGCUUCAUCUACCCACACUAUCACUGCUGUCCACAACCCCAGUGCUUCAUCUACCCACACUAUCACUGCUGUCCACAACCCCAGUGCUUCAUCUACCCACACUAUCACUGCUGUCCACAACCCCAGUGCUUCAUCUACCCACACUAUCACUGCUGUCCACAACCCCAGUGCUUCAUUUACCCACACUAUCACUGCUGUCCACAAACACACACAUAUACAUACACGCAAGCUUACACACACACACACAUUUAUCCACAUUAUUAAUGCUUUUCAUAAACACACACACACAUACAUACACAGGCGACUUUAUGUGGACUGUUAUGGGGAAUCAUCACACAUUUUAAAGGCCAAGUAAGGCACUAUAAAGGCCAACAAUGAGAAAGAAAAUGGAGCCAUCUUCUUGAGCAGUUACACUACACAACUUUUUACAUUUUUGACAUGUUAGUUACUUUAAAGCUAUGUUUUACUGUUUGUCUGUACAUUCCCUUGACUGUGUAAUCUGUAUGAGCUUUUUCUGAAAGAGGCAUUAUUGGGACAUACUACACUCUGCCUAAUCUGGGACGAAGUGCGGUGAGAGAGAAGUUUCUAGAAACGGUCUGAGCUUGUGGGCAAAACCAAAAAAGUAUUGGGCCCACCUGCUGGGGUGCGGUGUGUGAAUAUCCCCAUCCACACGAUGCACACAAAGCCUUCAGUGUCAUUCUCAAGCCCAAUCCCCAUCCACAUGAUGCACACAAAGCCUCCCCAAAAAUAGGCAGAGAUUUCAGUAUCAUUCUCAAGCCCACUGAUCACACACACAGUGCCAUUGAAUUCCAUAUGUUAAGGGUACAAUAGGUCAUACUUAUAGUGUUAAAACAUUGUUGCAAGACCAUUGUAAUUCCCUUCCUAUCAUUGAAAAAGGCUCACUGACUCCCUCUGCCUGUGUUUAUAGUCCUUAAAUGCGGCGUUCAAAAUAUACCUUUGUGUGUUAUCAGUAAUACCCAAGGUAUAAAUACAUAUUCAUGAUUGAGACAAACAUAUAUCAGUGAAUGUGCCUUCCACCCCACUUUGGGGAAGAGCUAAACCAAACCUGGUCAGGAGAUUACAGUGUAGGCAGUGUGCGUUGCAUAUGUUUGUUAAAAACCAGUCUGCUAAAGUGGCAUUAGCCUGAGCUGUGUAGAUGGUGUACAUCACAUAUGGAUGUUAAAUAGCGGAUUGCUAAACUGUUAUUAGCAUUAGCUGCAUAGACAAUGUUAAUUAUAUAUGGACUUUAAACAGCAGAUUGUGAAAAUAGUUUUAGCCUUAGCUGCGUUCACGGCCUUUAUGCUAUGUGGACAUUAGAGAAAUCCCCACCGCAGUCUGGGUGUUCUCAUCUAGCUGGAGAAGUAUAAUGCAAAUCUAACGUAUUGACAGAGAUCCAAGAAAAAAAGUCAAACAAUAUUGCAGGGAAGAAACGCUGGUGUAUUGAUAGGUCUUGAAUUAAUGGGUUUUUAAUUACAGUUUUAGAGCAUGCGCUCAUCAAAUGAAAUGAAAUGGCAAAAACACAAUACUAUUAUUGCAAUUCAAUAAUAGAGGGAAUUAAUAAAUCACUACAAAGAAACCCAACACAACACCAGCUCCGUGACCAGGCCGAACCUGUCCGAAGGGCCUUGCAGACACCAGCAGGCUGGCAGAUUUCCAGAGGCUAAACGUUUUAUCAGAAUCUACCCUGUAUUAUUUGCUCAGAUCCGCAGUUAGGCAAUGACUCUCAUGGUGAACCUGGGGCUGUUUCUCAACAGCGUGUAAACAUUUGGAUUUCCACAGUGUCAGGAAAUGUGAAGGUCCCUGCUGCACCACGGUCAAUGGGCAUCUGGGAGAAGGCACGUCGGUAUUUGCUGUCUCCAGGGUCUAAAGUUUGGGGUGAUGUCAGCGGGCAAUUCAUGCCAUUCCUUAAUGUAAAGAGAUGGAGCCAGACACCAGAUUAUGUGGCACUUAACCCUUUCAAGAGCAGAUUUUCUUUAGAAUGUUUUCUUUUUUCAAAAUUCCAAGUCAGUGUUCUAGAACUCCGUUGCUUUCAGGUAUUUGCAGUGUCACAUCUUCAAGGGUUAAGGAGCUUUCACUGCAACCAAGAUAAGAUCAUGGUCAUACCCCUUUCUCAAAGUUAUGAAUAAAUAGGCAGUUGGGCAGAGCAGUGCCCUCAGUCUUAAAUGAGCAACAUGAUUUGGCCAUUAUUGCCAUUAAAGGAAGCAUUGCUGGUCUGAAAGACUAGUAAUUUGAAGAGUGCACAUUGAGUAUAAGGUUUGAAAAAUAUAUAUUUAUAAAUAAACGGACAAACCUGACAAGCUGAUAAACAUUGCGUAGAUAAAUGCAUCCUGUUGAUAAAAGAAAAAACAAUUGAAUUUGCUCUACCCUAUAUAACUAUGUUGCUCAUUUUCUUUGGCUUGCCAUGGUUUAUCUUUGGCACUUUUGGCACUUUAAAUAUUUUCCAUCAUUUUGCAACAUAGCACCAGACAGCUCUGGAUUUGGAAUUUGUGAGAUAUUAGCAGAGUUAGAAAAAUGGCUGUUCUGAAGAAAAGUACUUGGUGACUUGGGAAUGUAAAUUGAAUAAUUGUAUGUUUUGUUUGUAAAAGCAAUUAUUGUUGUUUUUGUUUUGUUAUUGUGAAAGGAGAUCAGAAUACUGUAACUGGCAAUAAUACAGCCAGCCUUUUGACAAAAUGUAGGCCUACAUUUAUGCAAAGCUAAUUUCUAUUUUUUUGUGAUAUGUUCUUGUAUUUUCAUAUCUUCUAAAAGAUGUAGACAGAUAAUAACAUUAUUUUAACUGUAACAUCAAGCCUAUUGUACUGUACGUCUUAAUUAUAAUGCAAUGAUUUAUUUUUAACAAAUAAAUAUUUUUGACUUCAGAAA